AUGGAUAAAGAAAGAUGCCAGAAAAAGUCUUUUCAGGAUAGUCUUGAAAACAUAAAGAAGCGAAUGAAAGAGAAAAGGAACAAAAACUUGUCAGAGAUCGGCAGACACAAGUUCUUCAUAGCUGCACCCUGCCAAGUAAUCAACAACACUUCUACAUUGCUGAAGAAUUACCAGGACAACAAUAGAAUGUUAGUUGUAGCUUUGCAAAAUGAAAAAUUCAAAGUACGAGAAGCCGAAGAAGUGAUACUACAGCUAAGAAAAGAAUGCUACUACCUCAUGUGCCAACUGUAUGCAUUGAAAGAAAAGCUCACUUCCCAACAAACAAAAGAAACAGUUCAGAACCAGGAGAUAUCUCCCUCUAAAAUGGACUCCAGUGGUGACAGCAGUUCCUGUGAUUUAUCAGUGAAGGAUUUACGGCAAGUUCCUCCUCAAGAAAUUGACCUUCCAGGACACAAGGAGUCAUUUGAAGUAGAAGAGCAAAUACCUACUUUUUCUCAAGAUGCACUUGGAUGUGAUUUGGAUACAAGUGAUGCUAAAUGUUCUGAUGAUGUCUUACCCAGGACAGUAUCUCUCCGUCGCCAUUUAAGAAAAGACUUUCAUAGUUUAAGUGAAUGUAGUCCCUUGGAGGAUUUUGAAACCAGUCAUUUUACAGGGCCAUCUGUUGAACUGGAAAGUGUUAAAUACAUAGACCCAACAGUAAACGUGCGCAUACUUGAAAAUACACAAGGAAAGUUUUGUCAGUGGAAUAAAGAUCAAAUUAACAAGUCACCAAGGCCAAUUCACCCAAGACACUUUACCAAAACAAAAGAAAUCAUUUUGGACCCUAAACCUGAACAAAUUAAAAGUAAUUCUAACAACACACAAAGAAAAAGAGAAAAAAAAAGAAAAGCCCAAAGAAGGUCAGAAUCUAAAUCAAAGAAUAAAGGAAACCAAAGUGGAAAUAAGCAAACUGUUUGCAAAAAAAAUAUGGACGAUGCUGUCAGUUCCAAUGAUGCUUACAAUUUUAAUUUGGAAGAGGGUGUUCACCUCACUCCUUUCCGUCAAAAAAUGAACAGUGAUUCUACUAGAGAAGAAAGUAGCAGUCCAUCCGAAGCAAGCAAUUGUGAAUCUAGUGUUUCAGAAAAUGACUCUGAUGACCUCUGUCUACCCCCUUGCAAGUACACCUCAAACCCGGACAGCCAACCGGACAGACCAGUCACCAGGCCUCGGUCUAAAAGAGCACUGAAGUACAUGGAUAAAGAAGACAAGGAAGGUUCUCAGCCAACAACUCCUACUAGUGAACCUCCAGAGGCUCCGCAGACACCCCGCUGUAGCCUGAAGGAGAUCACCAAUGUCCCCUUACAUCCUGUAGUUAAAACCAGGAGACUUUCUCUUUCUCCAAAACGGAAUACAGAAAGCACAGCACAUCCUCUUCCUAAGCGCAGGUGUGCCACCAUGGUGAGCUACAAGGAACCAACAUUAGCUUCGAAACUAAGAAGAGGGGAUCCUUUUACAGAUUUGUGUUUCUUGAAUUCGCCCAUCUUCAAGCAGAAAAAAGAUUUGAGAUGUUCUAAGAAAAGUGCGAAGCAAAUACAAAAAACGUUGGAUGCUAUUUAAAUUUAUCCUCUACCCCCGUCUUUCUAUUGCUUUACGUAGAGAAUCUGUGAAGUAGUGCACAGGUGGAUAGAACAGAAUAUUUGAAUAUUUUGUUAACAAGACACUAAAUCAUGAAGAUGUCUUCAAAACAAUACUUUUUAAUUGUUUAGAAUUCUUGUGCUAUUUACUUCAAAACAGCUGUGUUUUACA